AAAAAAAUACUUAAUCAGAAAGUGAAAUUUGUGUGUGUAAUGAAAUGUAAAGAAAAUAUUUAAUGAUGAUGUGUGUUUUAUGAAAAGUAUAAUUUUUAUUAGAUAAUUGAAUGAAAAACUAUUUAGUGAAAAACAACUGUAAUGAUACGUCCGUCGAUGGCUGGUAGAAAAAAGUCCAAGUUGCGAAAAAUAAACCCUCGAUCCCAAUCAUUCACUACAACUAACGACAAUUCUCAUCAACCUAUUAAUAAUACUACUUCCACCACUUCGGAUACUUAUCUACUAACACUUACUAAGGAGCAACUUAAAACUGAGUGUAGACGCCGUGGUCAAAAAACAUCUGGAAGUAAAAUGGAUCUGCUCCAACGAUUAGGACACAGAAUGACAAGCAAUAAUGCGAGUAAUAAUACAAGUACAAAACGCAAAGAAGUAACUGCAGCUAAUGGUGAUAAAAAGAAUAUACUAUUAAAUAAUACACAAAUGAAACGAAACAAUUCACAAACAACAGUUGGUAGUGGGAGUACAUCAUCGUCACGAUCAGCGAGAUCGAAUCGUGUAAAUAAUGAGAGAAAUGAACGUGAAAAUCUUGUAUUGUGGAAAUCGCCGAUCAGAACGUUACAAUAUUCAUUUUAUGAAUUUAUUGAUUUAAUAGUUAAUUAUGGAAAAAAACUUUUAUAUUAUCGAACUAGAGUUUUGUUAAUCAUUUUAGUCGUGUCAAUACUCACAUAUUCAUUAUCGUCAGAACAUUAUUUAAAAUGUUUAACAUGGUCAUUAUAUUGGAUAGGUCUUGGUAUAUUAUCAUCUGUAGGUUUUGGUACAGGCCUUCAUACUUUUAUACUAUAUUUAGGUCCACACAUUGCCAAAGUAACGCUUGCCGCAUAUGAAUGUAAUGCAUUAAAUUUCCCAUCACCUCCAUACCCAGAUGAAAUAAUAUGUCCUGAUAAUCCAGAUUUAUCAAAUCCACCCUCCAUUUUAAGCAUAAUGGCUAAAGUAAGAGUUGAAGCAAUGCUUUGGGGUGCAGGUACAGCUCUUGGAGAACUACCACCAUAUUUUAUGGCAAGAGCAGCACGAUUAUCGGGUACCCCAUCAGAGGAAGAAGAGGAUUUAAUAGAAUUUCAAGAAUUGCAAAGAAAACAAAAUGAAAAUCCAGAAAGUUUAACAUUUGUUGAAAAACUUAAAACGUCAGUUGAAAUUCUAGUCCGAAAAGUUGGAUUUUUUGGUAUUUUAGCAGCUGCAAGCAUUCCAAACCCAUUAUUUGAUUUAGCUGGUAUGACUUGUGGUCACUUUUUGAUACCAUUUUGGACAUUUUUUGGUGCAACAUUAAUUGGCAAAGCUAUCAUAAAAAUGCAUAUACAAAAAUUAGGUGUAAUUAUUGCAUUUAAUGAAGUAUUAGUUGAAAAAUUUAUACAGGCAAUUGCCAUUAUACCAAUAAUUGGUAAUAAAUUACAAGAACCAAUUAGAAAUGUAUUUAAAAGUCAAAAGGCAAAAUUACAUAAUCGUGUUGACGAAGCUGCCAGUGCAAAUUUAGUUGGUUGGUUAUUUGAGAAAUUAGUCUUUCUUAUGAUUUUAUAUUUUGUAGUGUCAAUAAUACAUUCACUUGCCCAAGUACAUCAUAAAAAAUUACAUAGUAAAAAAGGAAAUCAAACAGAUGCAACCAAAAAAGUUGCUGUAGAAUAAUUUAUAACAUUUAUACAUAAAUUGGUGUCAAAUAUUUGUAUGUACU